CUCCAUUUUCGCAGCCAAUUGACUACCACCCACCUAGGUAUAACGGCACAAAGCAACACGACGAUAUCUCCGCCAUAUUCCAAUCCAAUUGAUCUACCUACCAAAGUCCCAGAGACAAAGUGUCGCGUCGCUCACCCAAGCACCCGCGCGCGAAAGGACGGAAAGGACAGAAGUGUCGUCGGGGCAAUAGCCGGCGGGGUCGUCGGCAUUUGCUUGAUGGAGCUUGAGCUCGGGGCAGCCGCCAUCUCCACCCACGCGACUGAGCAAUCCUCCGCAUCAAUUGCACCAUACCUCCAACCCACUCUGUCUCUUUUUCAAAAAAUUUAAAAAAAAAACAAACUUGUACCCAACCCCUCCAACACACACGCAGAGAGAAAACCGCAUGCGCCAGCCGGCAAUCCGCCUUCUUCGCACCAGCUUCGCCCUUCUCCGCCCCUCCACCACCACCACCACCGCCGCCGGACCCCGCACACACGCUCUCCAAUCCCUCGCGCCCCUCCUCCACCGCGCCAUGUCCUCAGCCAUGAGCAAGCGCCUGCAAGGCAAGACCGUCCUGAUCACCGGCGCAUCCUCCGGCAUCGGGCGCAGCACGGCGCUGGAGUUCGCGCGCACCGCGCCCGCGGACCUGCGCCUCGUGCUGGCGGCGCGGCGCACCGAGGCGCUGCAGCAGCUGGCUGAAGAGAUUAAAGCCGAGGUCGGCGAUGGCGUCAAGGUCUUCGCUGCGAAGCUGGACGUUAGCGUGCCCGCCGAGGUGAAGGGGUUUGUGGAGCGCUUGCCCGAGGAGUGGCGCGCGAUUGACGUCUUGGUUAACAAUGCAGGUCUCGUCAAAGGCGUAGCGCAAGCGCCCGACAUCGUCCCCGAGGACAUCGACACGAUGCUCGCGACCAACGUGACCGGCCUGGUGCACAUGACGCAGGAGGUGCUGAAGGGGUUCAAGGCGCGCGGCGCCGGCGACAUCAUCAAUGUCGGCAGCAUUGCCGGCCGCGAGGGCUACCCCGGCGGCAGCAUCUACUGCGCGACCAAGGCGGCCGUGCGCAGCUUCACCGAGGCGCUGCGCAAGGAGCUGAUUGCCACGCGCAUCCGCGUUAUUGAGAUCGAUCCGGGGCAGGUCGAGACGGAAUUCUCCAUCGUGCGUUUCUACGGCGACAAAGCCAAAGCCGAUGCCGUGUACAAGGGCGUCGAACCGCUGACGCCGGACGACAUCGCCGAAGUCAUCGUCUUCGCCGCCGGCCGCCGCGAGAACGUCGUCAUUGCCGACACGCUCAUCUUCCCCAACCACCAGGCGGCCGCGACGGUCAUGCACCGCAAGGGUUAGUUAGGGGGAGUGGUGCUGGCGGCGCGGAUCUGAGCGCAGACCGGUGCCGGAGGCGUAGAUGUAGAUGUAGAUACGGUUGUAGAAGAGGAUGUGCAUGUGCAUGUAGAUAUGGGUGUGGUGGGGGCUGGGUUGUAGAUAUGUAUGCAGCUGCGAGCGACUAGGUGGGAGCACUAGACGGCGGAUAGGAAAGAAAGAAAUGGAGCUCGACGUAGACAAGCUCUUGAAGCCGACCCAACAGCCUUUGGCACAACUGACACCACAAGGUCGCGCCAAACCACUACAGCCGCCUACACCCAAACAUCAAAGCACAAAACAAAAACACUCGCGUCCGUGCAAAAGACAGAGACGGAGAGACAGAUAGAGGGAGCAUCAAAUCAUAAUUUCAUCGCCUGACG